CACACCAGAAGGAGCAGCAAAACAGACCUGUCACUUUUUAGCCACUGCUACACUUAUGUGCAAUCUUAGGGCUGCACAUAACACACAAUCGGCUGUGUGUCAGUGAGGUUCCUGUGCAGACGGGUGGGGGUAUUUUGAUUUUUGCAAUAUUAAUUAAGAAUGGACAGCCAGGGGAGGAAAGUGGUGGUCAGUGACAAUGGGACAGGGUUUGUCAAGUGUGGUUUUGCCGGCUCCAACUUCCCGAAGCACAUCUUCCCGGCCCUGGUGGGCCGGCCAAUCAUACGAUCAUCCGCCAGAGUGGGCAACAUUGAGAUAAAGGACCUAAUGGUGGGAGAAGAGGCCAGCGAGUGUCGCUCCAUGCUAGAGAUGUCCUACCCCAUGGAGAAUGGCAUGGUGCGCUGCUGGGAGGACAUGCUCCACCUGUGGGACUACACCUUUGGCUCAGAAUGCCUGGACAUCAACCCAAAAGAAUGCAAGAUCCUACUGACUGAGCCGCCCAUGAACCCGACCAAAAACCGCGAGAAAAUCGCUGAAAUCAUGUUUGAGAAGUACCAGUUCUACGGCAUCUACGUGGCCAUCCAGGCCGUGCUCACUCUGUACGCUCAGGGUUUGCUUACCGGUGUUGUAGUUGACUCAGGAGACGGCGUCACCCACAUCUGUCCAGUGUACGAGGGCUUCUCUUUGCCCCACCUUACACGCAGGCUGGACAUCGCAGGACGUGAUGUCACACGCUACCUCAUUAAGCUCCUGCUGCUUCGCGGCUACGCCUUCAACCACACUGCUGACUUUGAGACCGUGCGCAUGCUGAAGGAGAAGCUCUGCUAUGUGGCAUACAACAUUGAGCAAGAGCAGCAUUUGGCCACAGAGACCACUUACCUGGUGGAGACAUUCACGCUUCCUGAUGGCAGGCAGGUGAAGGUGGGCGGAGAACGAUUCGGGGCUCCUGAAGCUCUUUUCCAGCCUCAUCUCAUCAACGUGGAGGGAGCUGGAGUAGCCGAGCUGCUGUUUAACACCAUCCAGGCUGCAGACAUUGACCUCAGGGCCGACUUCUAUAAGCACAUUGUUCUGUCCGGGGGGACCACCAUGUACCCGGGCCUCCCAUCCAGGCUCGAGAGGGAGAUCAAGCAGCUCUACCUGGAAAGAGUGCUCAAGGGAGACACUGAGAAACUAUCAAAGUUCAAGAUCCGAAUCGAGGACCCUCCCAGGAGAAAACACAUGGUGUUCAUGGGCGGUGCUGUGCUGGCCAACAUCAUGAAAGACAAAGAAUCCUUCUGGAUGACUAGACAAGAAUACCAGGAGAAAGGCCUGGGAGUGCUGCAGAAGCUGGGAGGUGGAGUCAGAUAAAAUAAAACUGAGUUAAACAGAAUUUUAAAAACACAAAUUAAAAAUGAGGAAAAUAUGAACUAGGUUUUGUACUUUUAAAUAUUAACUCCGUACCUCUCACAGUCUCAUCUCUAUUCAAAACAGUUUUAACUGAGCAAAAUUACAAGUUUUAUCAUUAAAAACACAAUUUAGGUUUUUUCAGCUUCUACAUACUGUUCUAAAUAUAACAGUUUUUUUGGACGGUGUAGGUGCUCGCUUAUCCAGGUCAUGUUCUUUGGACCGUUUGAUGAAACUUUGAUGACUAAAGUUUAAAAAUUUCAGGAAUUUAUUUGUUGCAUUAAUAGCAAGUUUAUGUUUUAUUUAACCUUUUUAAAGCCAAUAGAUCUGUGCUUCAGUACUGUGCAAAAGUUUUGAGUCACCCCUCAUUUUUUUAUAUGUUACUGAAAAAAUGGGAAAUAGAUCCAGCAAUGUAUUGAAGCAUGUGCAAAUGUAUAUACAAACUCA